GAACAAAGCUAGUUAACUGCGCACUCUUCCUGUAUGUUUUAUGGCAAGAUUAGCGCGACACUCGUCCAACAUCGCUACAUUUCGGUUUAUAUGGCAGAUUAGGUGAUUUAACUCUACGUUUUAAAAAUCAUGGCUACACAAAACAAUCCAUGUUAUGAGUAGUUAACGUUGAUUGUGAUGUUGACUUUAAAUUCAGACUCCGGCGGUGGUAUUGCUUAGAUUUACGCUAAGCUACAUGACGCUAUCCCCAGACCAGAGGAAUUGCUAAUUACCAACAACACAGGAGUAGCUGUUUUUUUUUUUCUAUCAGGCUGAAACAAACGUGUCUAGCCAAAGGUUUCGCGGAUCAAUAAUGUCAGCCAAAGCUUAAAUUAGUAAUAACAGCAGCCCACUAACAGCCACGGACUCAAAGCCACAGACAUCCUGUAGCAUUCACUCCAGGUUCAGAGGUUCAACAGAGGUACCACCGACCAUGACAGCACAACACUGGACCGGUGCUACCGGCUGCUGCACUCCCAGCCCCGAGGACUUUCCAUCAGCUCCCCAGAGUGUAUUCAGCCCCCCUAGCCUCGAGAACCUGUCCUGCGCUUCUCCGAGUGCGGGUCAAGUUGGAGACCCGGAGCCCAUCUCCUAUGUAACCCUCCAGGAGCAGCGGUGUGUCCUGAGCUGGUUCCAGGGAUGGACCGCCACUCAGAGGGACCGGUUCUUGCAGGACCUGCUAGGGAAAGCUGUUCCCGGGAAAGUGUGCACCCUCCUAGAUUCACUCAAUACACUUCAGGUCAGAGACCGACUACCAAACAUCUUUGAAUGCCAACUGCGCCUGUGGAGCCAGUGGUUUGAGUCUUGGAGAGAAGAGGAGAGGAAUCAUUUCCUGCACAUAUUGGAGGAGCGGGAUCCAGUGUUUGUAGCCCACUUCUACAGCAGUGUAGCUGGUACAGCAGGAAGAGACUGAGCAAUGUUUGCAUUGUGAUAGAAAAUGUGACUUGUGGUGGAGAGUGUGUAUUAGAUCUGAGAUAGUUUUUCUUUUUCGGAGGAAUGUUUGUGUUACUGUGAUGGGACUUGAAGUUAAACCAUUCAUAUUAAGUUCAGAACUUUAUGUGUAAUGGGUGAAGCGCUGCCAUUUAGUGACCCAGUAGUGGUAACUUGAAAUAAACAGGUUUAACAUCUGGGUGUAUGACAAAUAAACAUACAGGCCAUUUUUUCUCUACUGGGCCUAUUGAUUAAGACACCUGGAAUGGCAUGGACGAGAGGACCAAUCCUUUUUUACACAUCAAAGAUUAAACAAAAUGCAUUGUUUUA